AAUGUGUAACGUUAACGGACAUGACUGAUAAACAAAUACAAAUGACGCCAAGACGUUAUUUAGACUUUUUAUGUUAUUUUCUAUGGCUGAAGUGACCAGAUGUUGGAGUAUAAAUGAACAAAUGUGGGUUUUCAAGGGUGGUGCAUUCAGAGACGUGUAAACAAUGACAACCCCCAUUACUGGAGUUUAACUUAAGUGUCACAAGGGUGUAGUGGUACCUCCUACUACUGUUUUGGGAUAAACUCUUGAUGAAUCCACAAAUAUAUUUUAACUGGCUAGCUUCUCUCUGCCCUAUGAUCAACUGUAGUCAAUCAUUACUCACUCAGUACACAGGCUCUAGUGUAUAAGCAGUUCUCUAAUGAUUUUGCCAGCUCUUAAAAGAGCUUCAGAAUUGCCAGGAACAGUUUGCAGGCCUUAAGUGGUUCUCUUCAUCUGAUGUGGAUAGUUUGAUUGGAUUAUGGCUCAAAUUAUUGCUCUGUCACGUUUUCUUCACCUGAAGCACCCACUGCCGGUGAAAUUAGCAUCAUUGUGUUUUCGAAGUAUGUCAUCAUUAGACACUCGAGCCCGAGCUGUGUUUUCUGCAGCAGUUGAAGGUGUGCAGCCAGACAUAGUGGUCCGCAGGAGUCUGGAGCGACAUGGAGACAAACUACUUGUAGGUGGACAGAGUUUCACACUUGCCAAUAACCUUUAUCUGGUGGGCUUUGGAAAAGCUGUACUGGGGAUGGCAGCCGAAGCGGAGAGGAUUGUAGGAGACCAUCUAAUUAAAGGGGUGGUCAGUGUGCCUCAUGGUAUCCAGAAAACACUAUACAUUCAUGGAAAAGAGAAGAUGCUCCUUAAGAAGAACAGCAGAAUUACCGUGAUGGAAGGAGCAAAGAAAAAUUUACCAGAUACAGAUGCCCAGAAGUCAGCAGAGUGUAUUCGAGAACUAGCCAGUGGUCUGACUGAGAAAGAUCUGCUGCUCGUGCUCAUCUCUGGUGGUGGUUCUGCUCUUUUACCUGCUCCAGCCCCACCCAUGUCCUUGCAGGAGAAACAGGAUGUGACACGAAAACUCGCAGCAGCAGGGGCCACUAUUCAGGAGUUAAAUACAGUAAGGCGAGCCCUGUCAUUGUUGAAGGGUGGAGGUCUUGCCCAGUGUGCCAACCCAGCCCAGGUAGUGGCAUUGAUUCUGUCAGAUGUUAUUGGAGAUCCUCUGGAUUUGAUAGCCAGCGGCCCAACAGUCAUGAGUGACUUCAAACCAGAGGAGGUCUGGGCUAUCUUGGAUCGUUAUAAGCUCUCUUUCUCUCUUCCUUCCUCUAUGAAUGAGGUGCUUAGUAAAGGUAGAGCCCAUUAUGGGUCGCAGGUGCAAAAACAGGCAGAAGUCCAAAAAGACCAUGUUUUAAAUGUCGUAAUUGGCUCAAACACUAUUGCUCUUGAAUGUGCCAGCCGUAAGGCUGUUGAAUUAGGACUUCGACCCAUCAUUCUGUCUCCAGGCAUAUGUGGUGACGUUCACUCUGUUGCACGACUAUACGGGCUGCUCUCUCGUUUUGCGUGCUCCCCAGAAAAGGAAACUCCCCCAGAACUCACUGCAGAGAUCCUUCAGCUUGGACCAGAGGUUGGGGUAGAAAGCUGGGACUUGUGUCGCACCAUGAACAUGCUCGUAGAGGAGAGGAAGGAAGGCUGGGGUGUGACCUGUCUUCUGGCUGGAGGGGAACCCACUGUGAAACUGACAGGAAAGGGCAGGGGAGGGAGGAACCAGGAGUUGGCUCUGCGGGUGGGGCUUGAGCUCAGUAGGGAUGAAGUAAAGAGUGCUGCAGUGUUCCUCAGUGGAGGAACCGAUGGACAGGAUGGCCCAACUGAGGCAGCUGGAGCCAUCACUGAUGGGGAAUUGAUGAAAGAAGCCAUGUCUCAAGGUCUGGACAUCAAAGUUUCUCUCAUCGAUAAUGAUUCGUUCACAUUUUUCUCACAGCUCUCUGAAGGACGACGGUUACUCAUGCCUGGACUGACAGGAACCAAUGUGAUGGAUGUGCAUGCUAUGCUGCUGCCACUAUCAGCCCAAAGAGACUUCCAAUAAUUUGACUCCAGGAUGUUUUAUGUCUGGAAGCAACAAAAUUAUGGAGGAUUUUUUUUCAUAAUGCCACUUAUUUUAACCACUAAUAUUUUUGUUUCCUGGAUGACUGGAUGACUCCUGCUUGGUCCUGAACCAAAGAUCACAGACUUCUCAGUCUCAAGACCGGAAGAAGCUUUGAUAACAUCUGCAACUAUGUCAUGGUAAAUGGAAGCUCUGCACUCUUUUCUGCAAAGAGAAAGAUGCAUUGCAGUUAUAUUUCUCUUUUCAGACUUCUAUUACAAUAACAGGAUCACAUUUCAGUGAUUUUGUUUUAUGCAGAUAUAAUGUUUUUUUUUUUUCCUGUACUAAAUCAUCCCAUAUUAUUAAUUGCUACUCAACUGAUGAUAAAGAGUAAAACAGAACACACUUAUUCUCCACGUCAAACAUAGAAUUUUUGUUCCUGUAAACGGCAAACAGUAAACCAAGGAGCCUCAUCUAUUCUUCCCUAAAUGUGUCAGACCUACCUGCUUUCAUACGAGGUGGUUUUUCCUAUGCAAAACAUCUGAGUCAUUAGAAUACAAAGAGAGAGAGCACAUUCACAUGUUGCACUUGAGUGUUUCAUUUAAUUUGAUUGCUUCAAAGUUCAGUCAAAUCAAUUCAUAUCAGACCUGAUGUUGUCAAGGACCAAAUGUAAACUUUGGGAUGCUUUGUCAUUUUAAAUUUUGGGUGAAAAAGAUAAACGUGACAACAAACAGUUAUCUUGAAAACGUAACAAAAGAACUGAAUUAAUAGCAUCAGAUAAGUCUCAGUUAUUAAACUGAAUUUGGCAUGUUAGAAAUCUUAAAUGGAUGUCCAAUAAGAUCAUAAUUUAACUUGAUGAGUCAUAAUUUACAUCCAUGUUUGCUCUGGUCAUAUUGUGAGAACAUUUACAUUCAGAGCCUUAAUGUUGGAGUGAGAAAAAUGUUUUUUUUUCGAUGUAUUAAUACAGCAUUCAUUACUGAAAUAAGUGACAAUGAUUUCAAAAGGACGUGAUACAGUUUUGAGGCAGUUCUUAAAAUCUUUGUUUUAAAUUGAAACAUCUUAAAUUUAAAUCAUUUUUAUAUGUCUUGUUUCACUUUGUAAACCAUUUGGCAUACAACAAUCAGAUUCAGAGCAAUGUCUUCAACAAAUAAAGCUAAUGGCUUUUUAUAUAAUAUGUAUUUUUAUUCAACUUAAGACUUUUGAUAUUAUGCAAUCCUACUGUACGUUUAGUUUUUCCAAUGUGGGUGACGUAAAUAAGUUAUAAUGGGGAAAUUGCCUGGUUCAUAUGAGACCUUUGUCUGGGUAGAAGUUUCAGUCGCUAUUUCCUCUCAUUUGAGAGUUACAUGUAGAUCCAGUUCCAACACUCCGUAACAGCGUACUGAUGUCAUGUUCUUCUACAUGAAAGUCCUUUCCACUCUUCUGUGUAUACUGUUACUUCACCAAAAUGCAAGCGCAUAUUGUCCAGCAGGUCAGAGAGAAAGUUAUAUGACGAAAAAAUGUGAGGCCUGUCCAGAUAAACAAUACAGAUCUACAGGUGGAACAUAUUUUUACUGUGAGAACUGCAGCAAAUGUAUAAAAGGUAGUAUCGAGCUCAAUUCUUGCACAUCUACAAGUGACACUAUAUGCAAAUGUAAAAAAGGCUUUACACCCAUUGAUUGGAAAGGAAGUAUAAAGGAAGAGAUCUGCUUUUGUAAAAAAGGUUCUGGAAUAGAUGAAACAGGAAUAUGCAAAACAUGUGCACAUGGCUUCUUCACAGACAAAGACGACUCGAUUUGUCAAAAAUGGAGAGAGUGUAUAAGUGGGACUGGGAUCCCAGGCACCAGCACUUCUGAUGUUGUUUGCAAAAAUGCCUCGAUAGAGGUGACGAAAACUCCCAAAACCCACACUACCCCAUUCCAGACAACAACAAUCUCUUCUACGUCCACUUCAAGAACUACAGACUCCUCUCCCAACAACACACAAAAAAACAGCUACUACAGCUUGUGGCUGGUUAUGCUGUGCUCUGGUAUUCUUCUGCUGGCUGGAGUCCUCUACCACAAGUGUAAAGCCUCCCACUGUAUUCAUAACCACAAGAAAAUGGAUUUUCGAAAAGAAAGUGUAUGCAGAAAGCCUGUUGAAGAAUCUGGGGAAAAGUGCCAUUCUAUGCUUGUCUAACGAUGUUGUUAAUGGCCUUAAUGUUUCUUUUUGUGGAAUAUAUUGUACGCAUGCAAUUUAAGUUGUUUUAUAACUAGUUUAAUUGCUGUUAACUUAAUUAAAUUUCCACUUAAUAACACCACUUAAAGGGAUAGUUCACCCAAAAAUGAAAAUUCUGGCAUCAUUUACUCACGCUCAAGUUGUUUCAAAUCUGUAUGUGUUUGUUUCUUCUGUUCAACACAGAGGAUAUUUUGAAGAAGAAUGUUGGUAACCAAACAUUUGAUGGUACAUUUUUUUUUUUUGUACUAUGGAAGUAAAUGGCUAUCUUCAACUGCUUGGGUACCAACAUUCUUCAUUCAUCAUAAAUGAUGAUAGAAUUUUUAUUUUUGAGUAGGAUGACCAUACGUCCUCUUUUUACCGGACAUGUCCUCUUUUUGGACCUUGAAAAAUGCGUCCAGUCGGGAUUUUUUAAAUUGUCCAAAAUAUCCAGGAUUUGGCUUUUGCUUUCUAUAGUCGCCAUUCAUUGUUUUUCGUUUUUGUAUUAGAGCCCUGUGUCCAUUACCGCCCGCUGCCACAAACAUUUUAAUAUUGCAUACAAUUCUUGCGCAUCAGGGGGCUGCUAUCAAUACGUGUAGAACAUAAUAUUUUUUGAAUGAGCGCUCGCUGUUCAUUUUCACUUUCUAUUUCCAAUCACAUGCGCCCUGAGAUAUUUGUCAAUGAGCUCAGGAUCUUUUGAGCAGCAAAUCUUUCAGACUGGUUUGUCAGUCAUUUAUCCUCUCAACCCUUGACCAGUCAAAUCUGACUCCAGCAGCUCAUAUUGGAUGCAUGGUUGUCAAGUGCGCGUGUUUCUUUUUUUGUUUUUUAUGGAAUUGUUUCCAUGGCUUGAUUUUCCCACGUGGGCUAAAGGUUAGAAAUUUUGCAUAAAUUACAUUUUACUGAAAUGCUUGUAAUGAAACAUUUUGCAUUCUACCUAUGAUAAAACUUGUUCUAGAUGUUUUGUUUUGUGAAGGACAGCCACUGGUAGGAAGCUUUUUAGCUGUGUUUAUGCUUAAUAUGCUGUGUUAAGUUUGACAGGAAGUUUUGAUUUAAUCUAAAGGUCCGAAAGUUUUUUCCGAAAUUUUUGCAUGUAGAAAAAUAAAUACGACCUCACGUUGCGUCAAUCAUGUUUACACACUGCCUCCGAAACUUUCGUAUGUCAUAAAAAAAUUUGGAUCAGGUUUGAUUUUCUGCGUUUUCACAUCCGUAGCAUGCAAUUUGAUAGGAAAGGAUGGUAAAUACAAAAAAAAUGUAUCUUGAGACGAAAAAGCUUAAUAGUCUUAGUCACAUUUUAGUCAUUUGAGUCUUUCAUAGUUUUAGUUGAUGAAAAGUCAUUGCAUUUUUGUAAACUUUUAGUCAUUACUUUUAGUCACACUGCAAUUACCAACGUUUAUUUUGGUAGCUAUUUUAUAUGUAUUUUGAUAUGUCUUCAAACAAAAAAAGAGUAAUUAAUUCUUCUCUCUUUAGACCAAAUCAAUUAAGCUUAUAAGAAAUUUGAUUGAAUUUGGAAAUACUUGAAUAAAUUAUGACAAUUUUCAUUUUUGGGUGAACUAUCCCUUUAACAGUAGUGAAAAGGUAGCAACUUGUUCAAUUUAUAGUUGUUCAUAUGUGUGUGUGUGUGUGUGUGUGUGUGUGUGUGUGUGUGUUUGUCAUCUUAAAAAACAGUCAAGUUUUGUUCAUAAUUAAUAUUAGUAUUAAUAUUUUAAUGUGCUUUAGUGGAUGUUGUAAGAAUGAUGUAAAUCAUUGGUCUUCGCUAUGUUUUUUGGAAUCAGCACUGAUAGGGCUAAGUCAAUCAGAGAGACACUUGUACUGUAAAGUAUCAAGUUAAAUACAGUUAUAAAUAGUAUGCCUUAUUAUCAAUCUGUCAUCCCUAAUAUGCAAUUCAAUAUAACACAAAAGGGAUCAUCAUUCUUUAUCAUUUAACAGUCAAGUUUGUAACUGAGACAAGAUGAUAAAAAAGCAGGAUUAACUUAAUGCUGAAAAGACCUUAAGUUAUUUUAUUACAUUUUUUACUAGCAUUUCACGGUCUGACUGUGUCUUCACCAGACUGCGCAUGCGCACCGGCUGAUCAAACCUGAAAAAUAAGCUUUUUAUAAAGCUAUCUGUGCAAAAGUAACAACAUUUAUGACACAGUUUUUGUCAGAUUUCUUUGGUGAUUUCAAAUCUGAAAUUUAAUCGUAAGCUUAGUAAACCUUUUCGGAGAAUUUUAUGUUUCCCCAUUUAAAGAGAUGUACUUGCAUUUCUGAGAGGUUUUUCAAAGAUGGCUGGAGAGUGACAUGACUUGUCUUAAAAGGACUUUGGCCCACAUCCAGAGGAGACAACAUCACUGGGUUCUAUUGUCUUUUGUCAGAUCAUGCCACUUAAGUCCGGUGAAGACAUGGUGUGAGUUUUUUUCAAUGGGUUAUGUUAUAGCCCUGCUUGUUUUUAAUGUUUUUAUAAAAUAUCUUUAUUGACUGCAUGAUCAUAUCAUCGUAUUAGUCUUUUUACUGCCAUGCGAGCCACAAAGUAAAACUUGGUGAGCCGUGCAAUAAGUAACACUGAUGUAAAUAGUCAAAAGUAGUUUACAUGAGUGGUUGCUUAAGACAAAUUUACACCUGUUUCGGGCAACCGGUUUGAAACAUCGGGCUCCAAAACAAAUGUAUCCACAUGUGAAGGUGUUCAAGGUAAUAUUUUAAACAUUGCGCUUGUAGUGUAAAUGCUCAUCCAUUUGAAUUCAGAUGGCUAAUUUAAUAUAAGCUUUGAAUUGAUUUCAUUUCAUUAUUUGGAGAUAGAUCUACUUCGAAAUCUGCUGAUUAGUGAAUUGGAAAUGCAAACUUCACAUUGUCUGAGGUUCAGUCGAAAGCUGUAGGAAGAUCGAUGGAUGCCAUAACCUUAUAGAGUCAUUUCCAUGUUGCCACAAUGACUCAUGCAUACCUGAAAGAAAUGACAAAUUACCUGAGUUUCCCAUAUUUAGGUGGGCUAAAGACAACUCUGAGAAUAUUUCCCUUUUUUUAGUGCGUGUAGCCUAAUUGUAAAGAUUGAAUCUUGUUUCUGUGAAAUGGAAAUAAAUGACAUUUUUUUAGGCAGAAAUAUUUUUGUUGUAAUUCUGUGUCUGAUUAUAUUGUGUCUAAUUUACAACUUUAAAUAAAGGUCUAAAUCUUA